AUGGAACAAUUCAUUCCAAUAGGAAUGAAGAAAAGCGUUCAGUGGUUGGCUGGUUUAUCACAAACACAAACACUCCGCUUCUCGCCUCUCUCCGGAUCUCGUCUGCUUUUUCACGGUCGAUUCGACGAAUUUCUCCUCCAGCCGUCGCCAUUCGCCAUGUCUCAAAUGGAUAACAGAAACUCCUCCGCCGUCAAAAGAGCUAGAACCGAUGGUGGUCGUAGGGAAGAUGACUGGACCUGUCCCAGCUGUGGGAAUGUCAACUUCUCUUUUAGGACAACUUGCAAUAUGCGCAACUGUACGCAGCCUAGACCAGCUGAUCAUAAUUCAAAAUCUGCUCCAAGGCAAAUGCUGACACCACAGGGGCAUGGGCAUGGGCAUGGGCAUGGCUACUCUUCAUCAUCUCCUUAUGCAAAUUCUGGUGCACCAUCAUCAAUGUACAUGCCUUAUGGCUCAUCUUUAUUCAAUGGAACCUCUAUGUCUCCUUAUGAUGUCCCAUUAUCUGGUGGCUCCGCCUAUUACAACUAUAACAACCACCGCCUUUCUGGCGGAGGAAACCCUUAUCGACCCAUGCACCUCUCUGCCCCCUCGUAUCCUGGUGGGCCCAUCAUAGGGAACGGCAUGUAUGGUGUACCUCAGUUGAUGGAUCGAUACGGUCUAGGGUUGCCCAUGGGACCACGACCUGGAUUUUUCCCAGAAGAGACACCUCAAAAGAAAGAUGGUACACGAGAAAAUGACUGGGCAUGCCCAAAAUGUGGAAAUGUGAAUUUCUCUUUUAGAACAGUUUGUAACAUGAGGAAAUGCAAUACACCUAAGCCAGGAUCUCAGGGUGGAAAGUCAGGCAAGAGUUCAAAUAUGCCUGAGGGGAGCUGGAAGUGUGAGAAAUGUAACAACAUAAAUUAUCCGUUUAGGACAAAAUGUAACAGACAGAACUGUGAUGCUGAAAAACCAUCAGAAUCCCAAAAUUUCCCUGAAGAAGAAGAGGAAGAAGAAGAAGAAGUAGAAGGCAAUGAUCAGGUCAAGAGUUGCUCAGUCUCAGUAUGGGUCGGGUCGGGUCGGGUCGGGUCUGAAAGUGAGUCAUUCUCAUUCAUGUCGUGUUCCUUCCUUCCUGUUGCUGCGGUUAUGUUAUUGAGUUUCAGUUACUGUGGUUUGUGUUUUGUUAAAUUCUUAUAG